UGUGUGUGUGUCGUUUCAGGUGCUCUCACCGUUGGCCUUGUGCGACAGUGUCAAACCAUUCAUGGACGUGACAGGACCUGCAUUCCUCCACGGCUGCCUCCAGAGUGGAUCACGACUUUAUUUUUUAUCAUCAUGGGAAUCAUUUCACUGACUGUCACCUGUGGCUUGCUGGUGGCUUCUCACUGGCGACGGGAAGCAACGAAAUACGCGCGCUGGAUAGCCUUCACUGGAAUGAUCCUUUUCUGUAUGGCAGCCUUAAUAUUCCCCAUAGGAUUUUACAUCAACGAAGUGGGAGGCCAGCCCUAUAAACUUCCAAACAACACCGUGGUGGGCUCAUCCUACGUACUGUUUGUUUUAUCUAUUUUCUUUACGAUAGUGGGACUUCUGUUUGCUGGCAAAGUGUGUUUACCGGGCUGACAACCGUCUCUCCAUCCUUUUUUGUUGUUUUUUUUGGGGUGGGGUGAGUUACGGUCACGAAGGAGAAUAGCGACGCCGUCUGGCGCAUCCAAGGGGAGAUGCUGAGGUCAGGCCGCCGUGGCAGUCUUACCGGAACGAGGAGGUUUCUCUGUUCUCACUAUGCACUUUGGAUUUUUUUUAAAGAAAACUUUUAUUAUUAUAAUUAUAAUUAUUAUAAUUAUUAUUCCUUUUUACGGAGAGUCUUUCCCCCCCUCCAUAACCAUAACCAAAACCGAACAACCACGACUCAACUCGUCAGCAUCUGGACGUGGUCAGGUGUGCACUGUGAUCGGACCUCGUGUGGAAGG